AUGGUACCUGAUCCAGAAAAGGCAGAUCCAGAGGUCAGCCAAAAUGUUCCUCAAGAUUUGGAUGGCCCAGUUCUGCAUCCAGGAGUGUCAACAGUCGCGGACGAUGAAUCGAAGGAGGGGGCAGACGGUGCAUCGAAGGAUUCCAAAUUCUCAGAUGAUUCAAUAGAGCCAGUACCCAUGCCAGAAGAGCAUCUUCAACGUUCAAAAUCAAAGUCAUCCUCAGUCCGCACACUCGCUAUAGUACCGCGACCACAGCGCAGGGGGUUGCUGGGAAUACUAUCUAUAAUCCCAGAGGUUGAACGGCCGUAUGAUUAUGCGGAUGGCACGAAAUGGCUCAUCACUUUCAUAGUUGCACUGGCCGCCGCUGCGGCCCCUUUGGGCAGUGCCAUCUUCUUUCCUUCGCUUCCUCAAAUUGCACGAGACUUCAAUACUACAGCGACGAUCACGAAUCUGUCAGUGGCUAUGUACAUGCUUAGCAUGUCCAUCUUCCCUCUCUGGUGGUCAUCCUUUUCCGAAACGCUAGGUAGACGGACUAUCUAUCUGGUCUCCUUCGCCUUGUUUACACUAUGGAAUAUUGUAGCCGCUGUCUCCACCUCGAUAGGCAUGCUGAUUGUUAUGCGAAUACUUGGGGGCGGAGCAGCUGCUUCUGUUCAAGCUGUAGGUGCAGGUACCAUUGCCGACGUCUGGGAAUCCAAGGAACGGGGUCGUGCCAUGGGAAUCUUCUAUCUCGGCCCUCUACUUGGCCCCCUGUUGGCCCCAAUCAUCGGCGGUGCGCUGUCUCAAGCGUGGGGCUGGCGUAGCACUCAAUGGUUUCAGGCUAUAUACGGAGGAGUAUUGCUUGUUAUAUUAAUCUUUUGUCUUCCCGAGACUCUUGCAAAACGGGUCUCUGUUGCUCAAACGCAACAGCUAGCAGAGGAAAAGACGGAUGGUACACUCAACAUGACCAGAACUACAACUCGACAAUCCGUUCAGCAAAAGACCAAGAAAGCUACCGCCGUCUUCAAACGCUGUAUCAUUGACCCUCUGAGUGUCCUUGGCUAUCUCCGCUUCCCAGCAGUUCUCACCACGGUUUUCCUCGCCAGCGUCACUUUCGGGUCCCUGUACAUGCUCAACAUAUCAAUUCAGAAGACCUUUGCCGAGCCGCCAUAUAACUUUAAGGUAAUCAUAGUUGGUCUUAUGUAUAUUCCAAGCUCUCUUGGCUAUGUUGUGGCAUCUAUCUUUGGCGGGAGAUGGACAGAUGUGAUUAUGCACCGGAAGGCACGUGCUGCUGGCCGCUAUGAUGAGUCUGGGAAGUUGAUCCUUUUGCCUGAAGACAGAAUGGGGGAGAAUACCUUGUUGGCAGCCAUAAUAUUUCCGGGUGCCCUGCUUUGGUAUGGAUGGGCAUCGGACAAGGGAGUAUUUUGGAUUGUUCCAUUGAUAGCGAAUUUCUUCUUCGGCUUAGGAAGCAUGAUAAUUUUUGGGGCUGCAACCACCAUGCUCACGGAGUUCCUUUCCAAGCGCAGCAGUAGUGGAGUGGCGGUAAACAACUUCGUGCGGAAUAUCUUCAGUUGCGUAGCAGGCGUCGUCGCCCAACCCAUCAUCAACGCCAUCGGUAACGGCUGGCUCUUCACGAUCCUAAGCAUCGUCGGUUGGAUAACGGCCUUCUCGGUCGUGUGGGCAAUGAGGACAUUCGGACCUCGAUGGCGGGCUGACAUGACUGAGAAGCUGAAGCAUUAA